AUGACGACAUCGGUGCCAACAACACUAGGAUGGCUAGAUGAUUCAUCGUACGGCUCUUUCGCGAACCUGGGACUCAUUACCUCAUCCCUACCAAUUGUCAGUCAUUUGACGGGACUGGCGUCCGCAGGAUUAUCUAACACGACACUCUACGACACCCUCAAAACAAACGCUAUAGCAGGAAAUGCAACUGUGAACGCAACGACAGUAACAUCGCAUUGCGGAUUGAUUCCAAAUGUGACAUACUCUGCGAAUACCAGCACGGCGAUCGUUCCAUUUGGGCCAGAUUCUUCUCGCGUGCUUAAUGCAAGCACUCUCUAUCCUUACAAUGAAGUCACGGAGCUCAAUGGUGUCUACCUUAUGGUCUCCACAUUACUGGAGAUUGAGCCUUCAGUACAAGAUGAGGUCGCCGUAAACAUGACUUGGGCUAUCCCUGGCGUUGUCACUCCAUACGUCAUCCAGGUCUAUUUCGUGCAAUGUUCGCUAUCAGCGAACACUACAAAUGGGGUGGUCGACAUGCAAACCAACAGUCUACUGAGUUCCACGUCCAUAUCGCAGCCAUCCAUGCAAUGGGAAAUGAAUCAAUUUGAGUGGUCGAAUACUAGUUGGCAAGCCCAGAUCGGCAGUGCUUUGGCUACCCCAGACAGCAGCAGUGGGAUUGUAUUUGGCGGUACACCUUCACAAAUCACCGAACUUUCUGUUGCUGACGAGUAUAUCAUGUCAUUGGUAGGAUUGAAUCUCACCGAUGAAUAUUCACAAUUCCUAUAUGACGGUGCUCGUCCGAUUUCCAAUUUCACUUUGAGACCGGAUCAACUAGAAUUUGCGAUUGCGAAAGCAGCUGCACAGCUUAUCUGGAUAGCGGGUCAAUUGGGCACAUCCAAUGGAGGAAUUGAGCUCGGCAAUGGGACGGCAUAUGUCAACGAGGAGUUAAUUGCCCUGCGCCUCAAUAUCAACCUUCUUCCUUUGGCUUUCGCGACAUCCGCAUCGGUAAUCAUGCUGGGACUGGCGCUACACAUGAUAAGAGCAUCCGAUGCAUCGCACGACAUUCAGGCUGCUAUCCCGAACAUAGGUGUACUACAACUCUUGUGGUUGGGUCAUCGUUCAGCCUCUAUCAAUGAAGUCCUGGAAGAUGUGCAGCAUCCGACAGAGACCAAUCUGCGGCGAGCAGGCAUGAUAGAUGUUUGCCUUGCGAAGACAAUGUCCGACGAGGAGGAGCUAGGAGGUUCAGCAAAUGAUCUCUCCUGGUGA